GAGAGCUUUUGUCCUGAGCUUGUGAUCGGUGUCCUCUGAAUUUUCUAAAUAUUGGUCAAUUUCUUUUGGUUUUUUUCAACUUUUCAACUAAAAAAAAAAAACAAAAUGGGUGGUCAUGAUCAUGGAGAUGCAGUGAAAAAGACUUCGAUUUCAGAUGAAGAAAUUCGUAAAAUUUUGAUACGAGCCAAAGUACAGGUGCCAUCGGAAUCGCCAAAAUUUGCCCAUAGUCUCAGUUCAGGUGUUUUACAUACAUCGAUUAAAGGUGCUUAUAACAAUGAACGUGCUCGUCUUGGACCGAAUUUCAACGAAACGGAUCGUCAAUGGCGUGUAAAAUAUUUAGAAUCACAAAAUCUUCAUCCAUCCGAACCGUUUGAAGUGCCAGAACUUUCAAAAGUUCAUUACAAUCCUAUUCGACGCUUUUAUCGUUGGCCAUUGGAUCAAGUUGAAAAACUGCUCUGCAAUUACAUGGAAAAACAUUAUGCUAUAACGGCAAGAAAACUAAUCGGUGGAACAUUGAUCGGUUAUUUUACCAUUUUAACAUUAUGGUAUCAAUUGAAUUACAAUGUACCAAAUUGGGAAUAUAAAAAAGGUUUUCGAAUAUUUUAUACACGUGAAGUAGUACUACCUGGUGAUUCUCGUUGGCCAAUGCCUAAUCCACGAACACAAUCAUGGCAACAUUAUGAUCUAGAUUUUCAUCAACGAAAAGCUUUUCGAAAUGAUUGAAUGAUCAGAAAUUUAAUUUUCAAAAUAGAAAUAAACAACAACAACAACAA